CUGUAGAUCACGACCACGGAAUUAUAUUAUCUAAAAUAAUUUUUUAUCGUGUAUCAAGAAACAUUAGACGUACCUAUAGUCUUUGCACUCCAUCGAUUCGUGAUUUUCAUUAUUAUUUUCUAUUUAAUUAAAAAUCAUAAUAAUUUUUUUCAGAUGAAUAUGGAUCAUAGGUAACUUUGAUUAUUACUUAUUAGCACAAACACGAGCAUACACAGGGUGUAUAGGACACUACAGUGUUAUCCGUGGGCUAAUAACUCAAUAUCCAAUACCUAUACAUUUUUUUUUUUUUCAAUCGGGUUUUACGAAAGGAGGGCACAUAUGGAGAGAAAAGUACAAUUUUUAUUUUCAUCCAUUAAUCACUGAAAAAAAAAAAGCUUAUGAACAACUAAUCACUUUUAAAUAGACGAUAAGGAAAUUACCGUACUGGUUGUUAAUCCUUAUCGCGUAACGUACUAUUCUAUUGAAAAUAUGUUAUUUUCGCGGCUAAUUUCCAUACAUUGAAAUUGUCUAACGGCUAAUUUAAAAACGAAUAGCCUUGUUACUUGUUAUGUAAUAAAUAAACUGAAUGUUCAACAUCAACAUUUAACGCCAGUUAACAGACGGUAACCUUACCAUGAUGGUUUGUUUUAAUAUAAAUACGGUCGUAUUGGAUACCUACACACAGUCACAUCGGCUUUGCGUGUCAAAACUGACCACUGUGAUAUCGCGCACAGAUACACAGGAUAUAAAAUAUAACACGCCAUACAACAAAUUAUAAGGAUUUGUUGGCACGCGACGAAGAUUACCAAAGGUCCAACGUUACAGUCCGAUGGAUCGUUUAGGACUGUCUGAGAACGCGACGUUCCGGUGUCACGCCAUGGCUGCAACUACGGUGCCGACCGUGCCGGACCUGGUCAAAGACUUUGUGCGGGUACGGGACUACACGAUGCGGUUGGCCGCGCCGUUGUCCGAAGAGGAUUGUUGCGCGCAGUCGAUGUGCGACGCCAGUCCUGUCAAAUGGCAUUUGGCGCACACCAGUUGGUUUUUCGAAACGUUCAUGCUGGAACCGUACGAACCGCGGUUCGUGCCGUUCUGUCCGGUGUUUCGGACGUUAUUCAACUCGUACUACAACGGUGUCGGCGGUGAAUUGUACCCGCGCGCAGAGCGUGGCCUGUUAACACGGCCGCCGUUGUCCGAAAUCCGGUUGUACCGGGCAAACGUUGAUAGGCGCGUCCGGGACCUAUUGUCUUCGGCAGACUGCGACCCGCGGUGCGCGGCUCUCGUUGAGCUUGGCAUGCACCACGAACAACAGCACCAAGAACUCUUGCUGACGGACGUCAAGCACCUGAUGUCGAUGAACGGCGUCGUCGAACCGGUGGCGUAUCCCCCGGGCUGGUUACCAUCGCCGCCAGCACCUGUCGAAACGGACAAUGAGUGGCUGGUGUUUGACGAGGCCGUGGUGGAAAUCGGUCACCGGGGACCGGGGUUUUGCUUCGACAACGAACUGCCCCGGCAUCGGCAGUUUGUUGAACGGUUCGCGUGCGGUGCCCGCUUGGUCACCAACGCCGAGUACCUAGCUUUCGUGAACAAAGGCGGCUACGACGAUCCCGACCAGUGGCUGGCGGCCGGCUGGGAAUGGCGUCUGCAAGCCUGCCGACGAACGGCCGGUCCGCUAUACUGGCGUCGGAAUCGUGAUGCAGGAUCCGAUGCGACCGCGGCCGGAUGGUACGAGUUCACGCUGAACGGACCUGUGCCGCUGGACCCGAACAAGGCCGUCACGCACCUGUCAUACUACGAAGCGGACGCGUUCGCCCGGUGGUCGGGUGCCAGGCUGCCGACCGAGGCGGAAUGGGAACGUGCGGCUGGCUCCGACCAUCCGGACGGCCAGCAGUUUUUCGGCACGGCCUGGCAGUGGACGUCUAGCAGUUACACACAAUACCCGGGAUACGUGAUCCCGGCUGGGGCGGUCGGCGAGUACAACGGUAAGUUCAUGGUGAAUCAGUACGUACUGCGCGGUUCGUCAAUCGCCACUCCGGAGGAACACGCCAGGCUCAGUUAUCGAAAUUUCUUUCCGGCCACGGCACGCUGGCAGUACACCGGAAUCCGGCUCGCAAAGUCCCUGCAGCCGUAAACGGACGCCAUAAAUUAAUGAGCAAUCAACACUCCGUCCACCGAGAGAAUACCACACAGUGUUUUCCAAACAAACUGAUUGUAUAAAUAUUUAAUUUUGGUCGGGUUUAAAAUAUUUAAACGUUUUAAAAGUUAACAAAAUAUUGAUUAAAUAUUUUGUAGUUAUUAAUAAAUAUUGAAUGUUAUCAGAUAAAACACAAUAAUAUUAUACCG